AAAUAUUCGUGAAUCGUAUCGAUAUAAUAUGUUUAUGGUGUCGUCAAACUCAGUAAAAUAUUUUUGGUACUUAGUAGAAAUAUGUCGACGGUUGAUAACGUGCCGGUAACUACACGUUCGUUUUUCGAUCAGCUGUGCGGUCCGUUCUUCACGGCGUUUCGCAUUUUGGGCAUCUGUCCGUACACGAGAAAUCGAAAUGGAGUCUUCAGCAAGAGAACCGUGUCCGCGUCCUCGGCGUACACGUUAUUCUCGGCCGCGGCGUUCGGAUACGCCAGCUUUGCAGCGAUCAAAACGCUGUCUCGACAACCUCCUCCUUUGGACAUGUCCAACUUCAAUCGCAUACUCUUGAAACUCGGCUACGCCACGUUGGUCGCGCCGUCCGCGAUCGUGCCCGUCAUCAUGUGGUUCGAAACGGUCAAGCUCCAGGAGUAUCUACAGGAGUGGCGACAGUUCCAAGACAAUUAUAACAGAGUGAUCGGCGAAUCGGAUGGUACUUUCAGGAUCGCGAUCGUCAAGAAACGGGUGAACAGGAUUUAUCAAUCGAUACUAUUAUUCUUGUUGAUCACAGGAGUUGCAAUCUUGUGGUCGCCAUCGACCAUAAGCGACGUAUUUGUACUCGUUUGCACGAUAAAAAGUAUUUCGACCAUGGUUUUCAUCACGGGAUUUUGGUUCGUGGGUGCAAUUGUGAUCGAGGCGACAAUCGACGGCUACAAGAAAAAAUUACAAACGGACUUGGACGGACAGGACGGUUUGAGAUUCAGCGCCCGGUCGAUCGAAGACUACCGUCUGCUGUGGCUGCAGAUGAGUCGGCUGGUGCACGGGGUCGGCGAUUACAUGUCGGCCACAGUGACGUUUUGCAUAUUUCACACGACCGUCGUAGUCGUCUUGAGCGUGUACGCGCUGGCCGUGUGGGGCGCAACGCUCGUCAGACUGCGCCGGUACGAGGCGCUCGCGUCCGCCUUGGUGGCGCUCGCCUGCAACGCCACGUCCCUGUACGUGUACUGCGAUUGCGGUUACAGUCAGACCAAAAAAUGCGUCGACAACGUGAUACUGCUCAUAUUGAAAUUGAAGUCUUCGGCGAGAUGGACGACGUCGAAUUACAUUCAGAUAACAUUAUUCUUGAACGCCGUGAAUCAAUAUCAACCAAACGUGAAUGUGAUCGGUUUUUACGAAAUCAACAGAGGAUUGCUUGGCUCGAUUUUAUCCUUACUUUUGACGUACCUAAUAGUUCUCAUACAACUGAAUUCUUCGUUUACUACGCCGAGCACUGUAGAAGACAACAACAACACUAUAAUGACAUAAUUGGAAUGUGGCACAUUUAUUUUGUUCUUAAUAAAAAGAAUAUUCAUUGAUACUUAUUUAAAUAUUUUUAUUUAUUUUUUUUUUUUAGAAUUAUAUUUCCAAUUUCUUAUAAUUAAUAUACUUAUAAAAUAAUCACAUGUAAAAUAAAUAUCGUGAAUAAAUAAUUAAAAUAA